AUGGUGUUUGAGAUUAAAAAACCAACUACCACUGCUGCCGCCGCCAGCACCAACACCACCACCACCAACACCAGGGGCAGGCGGGACGAUAACGAGGGUGGCUCUCAACAAGUUUCUCAUUGUGGCGUUCUAGAGUUCAGUGUGGAUGAGGGUUUUGUUUACGUGCCAGAAUGGAUGAUGAAAAACUUGCAAAUUCAUCCUGGUUCAAUCGUGGUGUUGAAGUAUGUAACUCUUCCCAGAGGAAGUUUUAUGAAGAUUCAACCACAUAGGAUGAACUUUAUCAAACUACCUGAUCCUAAAGAAAUCCUUGAAACAGCACUGAAAGAUUUUGCAUAUUGUGAGGUUGAUUUUGCACCUCCUUUAGACUACAAAGAGCCAGAAAAGCAACCUCCAUCAUCAGUUGUGCGUGCUGCCAUGGACGCUGAUCCCCGAAAGGUUCAAGAAAAACAAACAUCAGCUCAAGAUGAUGAUCAACAGCCUAAGUUCAAGCCGUUUGUGGGUGCUGCCAGAAGAUUGGAUGAGCAACCUGGAAGUAUUGUGCCUCGUGCAGCUUCUUCUACUCCUCCCUCUUCUCAACUGCCAGUUAAAGAAUCUAGCAAUAGAAUGGCAUCUGAAGCACAACCCUUAUCCAGAAAGCGUGCUGGAAAGCUAGUGUUUGGUCCUGAAGAAGUCGGUAAUCAGCCAAGUAAAUCAAGGAGGAUCUCUGAAGAACUAGAUAACAAAAAGAAUGCAACUAGUGUUGAAAAUAAGUUCAUACCAUUCACAGGAAAGAAGUAUACGUUGGGCGGGCUUGAAGGGGCUGCGUGUAAAACAGUAGCGUUGGCAAAAAGUAAAUCAAGCAGCAGAACAGUUGCUGAUACAGAAGUCAUUGGGCAGCCCUUUGAUGGGGGAUUAACUUGA